AGGAAAAACCCCUGUAGGCUGUAGGCUGUAGGCUGUGGUGGUGGUGUCUCGAGGAGAGCUCUCGUCAAGUCUCCAGCUCCACCCUCUCCCCCACUCUCUUCUUCGUUAACAACCAACCAACCAGCAACAAAAAAAUGAAUAACCAAUCCUCAGUUGCAUAGGAAAUAGCAGGAAACACUCAGAUGUCUCUCCCAAAAACCAUACUAGCAUCAUUGACAGUAGCUAAAACUUGCUAUUACAUACCUCGUACCCGCGAUUUCUUUCUCAAUCUCCUCAGAAAAGCUGCCACCCUCUCUCACUUAACCCAACUCCAAGCCCAGCUAAUCCACCACAGCCUCCUCCUAAACGACAUUUCGAUCGCCACCAAACUCACCCACAAAUUCUUCGACUUCAAUGCCACUCUCCACGCUCGUGCACUCUUUUUCUCCGUCCCGAAACCGGACCUUUUCCUCUUUAACGUUCUCAUUAAAGGCUUCUCCACCAAUAACAAGCCUUUGUCGGCGAUUUCUCUGUUUACCCAUUUGAGAAAAAGCACUCGUUUAAAGCCCGAUGAUUAUAGUUAUGCUUUCGUUGUAUCGGCUGCGGCGAGUCUUGGGGAUGCUAGAAUUGGUGGGAUAUUACAUGGAAAGGCAAUAAUUGAUGGGUUUGGUUUGGAUUUGUUUGUUGGGUCUGCCCUUGUCGACUUUUAUUUUAAAAUUUGGCGGGAAAAUUUAGCUAUUAAGGUGUUUGAUAGAUUGCCUCAAAUAGAUACUGUUUUGUAUAAUACAAUGAUAUCUGGGUUUGUUAAGAAUUCUUGUUUCGAGGACUCAAUUAGAGUUUUUGGAGAUAUGGUUUUGGGUAAUGGGCCCAGGUUUGAUUUAACUACAGUUAUAGCUGUUUUACCUGCUGUGGCUGAGUUACAAGAGUUGAAAUUAGGCAUGCAAAUUCUGUGUUUGGCUAUAAAGUGUGGUUUCUAUUCUCAUGUUUCGUUGCUUACGGGCUUGAUUUCGUUGUUCUCGAAAUGCGGGGAAGUUGAGAUUGCGAGGUUGUUGUUUGGGGAGAUUCGUAAGAAAGACUUGAUUUCUUGUAAUGCAAUGAUUUCAGGGUUUACUUGCAAUGGCGAGACUGAGGAUUCGGUGAGGUUGUUCAAAGAACUGCUUAGUUCUGGAGAGAGAGUUAGUUCAAGUACUAUUGUGGGGUUGAUUCCUGUGUAUUCUCCUUUCGGUCAUUCAUAUCUUUGUAAUUGUAUCCAUGGUUUUUGUGUGAAACUUGGUAUCGUUUCCCAUUCUUCUGUUUCAACUGCAUUGACUACUGUUUAUUGUAGAUUGAAUGAAAUGAUAUUUGCAAGGCAACUUUUUGAUGAAUCAGCAGAGAAGACUUUAGCUUCUUGGAAUGCAAUGAUCUCGGGUUGUACCCAAAAUGGUUUAACAGAUGCAGCAAUCUCCCUUUUUCAGACGAUGCAAAAAAAUAAUGUCAAUCCAAAUCCAGUUACUGUUACCAGCAUUCUUUCGGCUUGUGCUCAAAUUGGAGCCUUAAGUCUUGGAGAAUGGGUACACAGUUUAAUUAAGAGCAAUCGUUUUGAGUCCAAUGUCUAUGUUUCAACGGCUCUGAUUGACAUGUAUGCAAAGUGUGGGAGCAUUACAGUAGCUAGGGAAUUAUUUGAUCUGAUGCCUGAGAAGAAUGAGGUGACUUGGAACGCCAUGAUUUCUGGUUAUGGUCUCCAUGGGCACGGGCAGGAAGCACUAAAGCUCUUUUACGAUAUGUUGUCUUCUUCUGUUAAACCCACUGGUCUCACUUUUCUCUCUGUAUUGUAUGCUUGCAGUCAUGCUGGGUUAGUGAAAGAAGGAGAUGGAAUUUUUCACACUAUGGUCCAUGACUUCGGCUUUGAACCAUUAGCCGAGCAUUAUGCAUGCAUGGUUGAUAUCCUUGGACGAGCUGGACAAUUGAAAAAGGCUUUGGAAUUUAUCAAGGCAAUGCCCGUUGAGCCUGGUCCUCCCGUGUGGGGUGCCCUGCUUGGAGCUUGUAUGAUCCACAAGGACACAAACCUAGCUCAUGUAGCUUCUGAAAAGUUAUUUGAAUUGGACCCAGAAAAUAUAGGAUACUAUGUCUUAAUGUCGAAUAUCUAUUCAGUAGAGAGGAAAUAUCCACAAGCUGCUUCAGUAAGACAAGUAGCUAAGAAGAAAAGGCUAGCAAAGACUCCAGGCUGUACAUUGAUUGAGAUUGGUCAGGUCCCACAUGUCUUCACAUCUGGUGACCAGUCCCAUCCACAAUCAAAGGCAAUCUAUGCAGAACUAGAUAAAUUGACUGGAAAGAUGACAGAGGCAGGAUUCCAGACAGAGACUACCACUGUUUUGCAUGAUCUGGAGGAGGAAGAGAAGGAACUGACAAUGAAGGUUCACAGUGAGAAGUUGGCCAUUGCCUUUGGCCUUAUCUCUACUGAACCUGGAGCUGAAAUUAGGAUUAUCAAGAAUCUCCGAGUUUGUUUAGACUGUCAUAAUUGGACUAAGUUCUUGUCAAAGAUCACAAAGAGAGUUAUUGUGGUAAGGGAUGCCAAUAGAUUCCAUCACUUCAAAGAUGGUCUCUGUUCAUGUGGAGACUAUUGGUGAAAAAAGAUGUCCUGCUUCAAUCUUUUCAAGUCAUUUCAGGAAAGCAGAUAUUUUCUGCAGAGAUUGGCAUAACAUAUACCAACUAUGUUUGGUCUGUGCAUUUGGGACCUCAUCAGAUAUUCAAGGAACAAGCAGAAAUGGACUGCGGUAUAAAUAGAUAACAGCAUGUUCCAGCAUAGGAUCCUUAAUCAAUAAAGGAUUAUAAUUUGAGUUCUUCUAGUGAAGAUCUUCCCAAGAAACACCAGGCUUGCUUUGACAUGCAUGUUCAUGCACUUGGAGGUUUCUUGAUUGACAAGGAACGAAGUUUUCAAACAUUUUAGGUGAAUUUUUAAUAUAAGCCAUCAUUGACACAUGCUCCAUGACUUAUGAGAUUUAUUUACUGGCCCAGGAUGACUUGUGAGACCUUCAAAGAUUGAGAUUCUUGGUGUUUUGAGAUAGGUGCAGUGGUUAGAACUUUUGCAAUCCAAGUGUAUAAAGCAGAAUUAUGCACUCCUUGGGGCUGUUAGUGUGAACGCGUGAUAAGGAAAAUGUUUUUCAUUUCAAUUACAAAACUGGGUUCAAUGCUCGUUGCUAUACAAGAUUUUCACUCUAAUUUUAUUCCUUGGGCAUCUCCAUUUUGUCGGUUACAUCGCAUAUCGUAUUCCCAUAGAAGCAAUAUGUACAUGUAUAUUCUAGAGAUGCACAAAUCAACUAGAAAACAAGCACACAUUUAACAGUUGAUUCCACAUUGCUUGGUGUCAGGUCCCUUGGUUUUCAUCACAAAUGGAUCGAUUCGGACCCAUAGCAAGGAGAAGAUGGAAGCCAAGAGCACUGACCAUAUAACAACAAUAGUGGGUGUCCUGUUUUGCCUCCCCAUUAGACCUUUGAGGAAUGGGUAGAGAUGGACAAUCACCCAGAAGGCAAAGAAGAGCUUCCCAAAUAGAGGUCCCCAUGACUGAUACCCAUUGUUUAUGGCAUCUGAGACUCCAGCAACAACUCCAACAAGGUUGAUGAUCAAGAUAGUGGUUGGAGGGAUAAGCAGGGUUGUCCAUUUAAAUGCGUAUAGUUCUCCAAAAUCGUCAUCAUCUGUUGCCUUGGAUGUGACAGUGAAGUUUGUGUCGAUACCAGCUAAAACUUUCAGAAGACCUUGGACAACAGCAAAGAGGUGAGCUGAUACACCACCUAUAACCCAGAAUUGCUCGUUUCUCCACCAUUCCUCAAUGCUUACUCCGCUCCAUCUUAACUCAAGAAUACCCGUUGAAAAGAUUGACAAAAACAAGCCAAUGAAGAAAAGACUCGCAAAGGUGCUUAUCUGGAUCACAAACAAAUUGAGAACAUGUAAUGAUAUUGUUAUAAAUGAACAAAAUCAUGUUCUCGUGUUAACAUAGCAUUUGAAAACAUCUUAUUGUUACUUCAGAGUUCAAUUCCAGUAUCGUUUUUUUGUAA